AUGGCCAAGAGGCUCCGGCGUUUGACGUCCCUGCUCUGGUCGGACGAAGGCGAUGGGGUGGAACUCCACAGAGCAUGGUACCAAGCCGAAGCCUGCCAGGGAGCUUUGGCAACUCCGUGCUAUGAUGGCUGCACAGCGAUUGCUCAGAUGGAGAAGCUUCAAGAGUUAGAGCAGGAUAACAAGAAUCUUGUGGAGAUGAACCAAGCCCUUCGAAAGCAGCUGAAUUGUUCUGGCAAUGGUACUACAAUGAACCUUCCAACACUGCCUCGACUGGUUGUGAAGAAGAGGAAGACAGUGUCAGUUCGGGGCCCUGGGGACUUUCUCAAUGCCCUGCCUAGAGACAUCCGUGCCCAUCCUAGAACACAGCAAAUCUGCAACGAUUUGGAGCAGUCGGGACUUUUGCCAAGUCAUGUGUCUUUCGACCUUGAUGAUUCAAAGCUGGGUUCCGCCAUCUUAGACCACUGUGAGCUGUCCAUUUCUACUUUGUGGAAAAAGCCCAGCAUUGCCAGUGCCCUACUGGGUACUGUCGUCAUGAGCAAGCCCCUCAACAGCAAUGUCUGGUCAUCCGACACCCUCAAUGUCGCUCUGGCUACGGUCGAUGCGCAGCAGUGCAAAGACGAGAUCGUUGACGCAGAGAUUGAGGACUGCUGA